AUGUUUCGAAAUUCAUUGAGUGCGUUGUCAAAGGCCAAAGCCUUCGGGUCGUGUGCAUCUUCAUCAUCAUCAGUAUCAUCACUGGCAUCAAAAUUUCAUCUUGUUGUAUUGCAAUCCUUCAUCGGAGAAACACGUAGAAAUUUCUCAUCGGAUACUAUUUCAAAAUCUUCUUCAUCCGGAUCAUCCAUAGCCUCGUUCAUAAAGGACAGUAAACUGAACGCUGAUCAAAAACAACAGCUCAAUGCUCUUCUUAAAUCAUCAGAACUAGGAGGAAAAGUCUUAAAGUAUAAAUUAAAUGAAUUGAAUAUUAAUUAUUCAAAUUUGGAAAUGGGAAGUAGGAAUCACAUUGUUGCUGGAGUUGAUGCAAAUGGCAAUGUUCUUGGAUUUGAUCAUGUUACUUUAGAUACAUUGUGGGUGAAGAAAUCAUCGGAGACCUCCACACUCACAGAUCCAUCAACCUUGGAACAAAUUCCUCUUGUGAAGAGAAACUUUACAGUGAGCGCUGGACGGGAUAAAGACAUCGAGAGCGCAUUGGUACAGGAGAGUACAAAAGAUACAGAUAUUGUGUUUGCGAGAGGUGACUCAAAUUAUGGAAUUAUUCUUUCUUUUGUGGAGGAAGGUGAUUCAAACACUGCUGCCAUUAAUCAACAAAUGGGAAUGGAGCACAUUGGUAGUCUUGGUUCUGUUUUGGCCCACUCUUUAAAUGUUGAAUAUGACAAGAGAGUUGUUGCUGUCAUUGAAGGUCAUACUUCCCUGCAACAAGAGGUUGUUGGAAUUUUACAAGAAGAAUACGAACAAUAUCAAGUGUUGGAUGGCUCUUUCUGUAAUUUCAAAGAAGCAAAAACCGUGUAUCAAAGACCUGAACCUGGAAAUUACUUUGUGAUUUAUAAGGAAGGUGAAAUUGUGGCAGGAGCAAAAUUUGUAGCACCUCAAGAUUUGAAUAUUUUGAAUUGUGGUGAUGUGACUCUUGAUCGUGUCAUGGCAUUUUCUCAAGUAUUUGGUUUUAAGCGAACUCAUUAUUCAAAAGAAAGUUUUAGAAGUCUUAAAUUCGAUCAUUUAUAUGCCAAGCCAGGUCAUGAGGAUGAUUUAUGGACAUUAAUGAGAGUUGUAGCCUCUCGUUUCAGUCCUAACCUUCACUGGAUUCAAAUUGUUGGAGACGAGCGUGACUCUAAUUGGCUUAGAUAUUUAGGAGCAAACUCAGACAAGAAGCAGCAACCUUCAAGCAAAUUCUUGGGAAGUUUUGGAUUUUAUAGUCCAAAAGGCAUUGAAGUUCACGCAAAAACAUACGGCAUAGAUUCAGCCAUUGCAGACAAGAUUAAGAAUGGUCCCCUUAUGUUUCCAUCAGAUGUGGCCUUUUUGAAAUAA